CUCUUUCCCGUUUAAUCUUUCUCCACCCCUUUCUUGGACAUCUUGACAGAUCCUCGAAGUCUCUGCUUCUUUGUCAUCUCCCUCUCUUUCUUUCUCUCACAUUUAUCCUCCCUCCUUCACAGCUAUCGUCUAUUAUUAUCAUCGUCGUCGUCGGUUCAUAACACAGAGGCAGGGAAGGUCAAUCAUUUGAAGGAGAAGCUUACAAGAAGCGGCGGCGACAUUCAGGAGGAAGCAAAGGCAUGGGUGUCGACUACUAUAAGAUUCUUCAGGUGGACAGGGGAGCGAAAGACGAUGAUCUCAAGAAGGCUUACAGGAAAUUGGCCAUGAAGUGGCACCCCGACAAGAACCCAAACAACAAGAAGGAAGCAGAAGCCAAAUUCAAGCAAAUCUCGGAGGCCUACGACGUGCUAAGUGAUCCCCAGAAGCGUGCGAUCUAUGAUCAGUACGGGGAGGAAGGGUUGAAGGGGCAGGUGCCGCCGCCGGGAUCAGGUGGUUCCACUUUCUUCUCCACUGGAGACGCCGGAGGUCCCAACGUCUUCAGGUUCAACCCGCGGAAUGCCGAUGACAUCUUCGCCGAAUUUUUCGGGUUUUCGACCCCGUUUGGCGGCAUGGGUGGUGGCCCGCGAGGAGCUUCGAGGUUUGGCGGGAGUAUGUUCGGCGAUGAUUUCUUCGGAUCGUUCGGUGAGGCCUCGAUGCAUCAGCAUCAGCAUCAGCAGCAGCCGCGGAAGUCUGCUCCUGUUGUGAAUAAUCUGCCCUGUAGCCUGGAGGAUCUCUAUAAAGGCACCACCAAGAAGAUGAAGAUCUCGAGGGAAAUCGCAGAUGCUAGUGGGAAAACUCUUCCAGUUGAGGAAAUAUUGGUAAUAGAAGUGAAGCCAGGAUGGAAAAAGGGAACCAAGAUCACAUUUCCGGAGAAAGGCAAUGAGCAACCUAAUGUCAUUCCUGCGGACCUUGUUUUCAUCAUUGACGAAAAGCCACACAACGUGUACACAAGGGAGGGCAAUGACUUGGUCACCACGCAGAAGGUUUCUCUGGUAGAAGCUCUAACCGGUUUCACGGUCCACUUGACGACACUUGAUGGAAGGAGCUUAUCCAUCCCAAUCACCAGCAUCAUACAUCCUGACUAUGAAGAGGUGGUCCCUAAAGAGGGAAUGCCCGAGCCCAAGGAUCCGUCCAGAAGAGGUAAUCUAAGGAUCAAGUUCAACAUAAAGUUCCCCCCAAGAUUAACAGGCGAACAGAAGGCAGGCCUGAAGAGGCUGCUGGCAGCUCCAUAAGUUAAAAAGAAAAGAUUGAAUGAAAGAAGAAGAAAUGGAGCCGUUGCCUUUCCAUGUAACUCUAUGGUUGCAUUGCAUGUACUUGGAAUAGAGGGUCGAUUUUGUAUGUUUAAGUAGCUUAUUUUAGAACGUCAAGUUGUAUGUAAUAUCCGUGUUGCAACCGGGGUGUUUGCUGAACGUUGUGAUUAAUUUUUUCCUGCAAGCUCUUUCUAUCGCUCAUCCUCUCUCUCCGCUUUUGGGUGGGAGAAAUUUAGCCUUGCAGGUGGGUUCUGCAUACCUGAAUCUAAGAUACAUUGCAGUCUUUAUAACAAAGUUUCGGCUUGUUAGAAUU